AUGAGGGGUCGUGGACAGGUGAUUGUGGUGCUUAAGAUAUGGAAGAUCUGUAACUGUUUCAAUGUGUUUGGUCCUAAUGAAUUAUGGCUAGAGACCGAGAGUGGAUUAUUGGACUUCAGAUUCAAUCCAUGUUUAGAGGAGUUUAGACAAUCGGUCAAUAGCAGUGACCCUUAUGUUCGGAGGCACAAGGCUAUAGGGCCUUUGUAA